AUGAAAACAAUAACAGUAAACGAGCAAAUAAAUCUCAAUGUAGUAAAAUAUGAGCUGGAUUUCUCAGAUUUAUAUAAACCUAUACAAAAAGCGUCAAAAAAGAAGAAAGGUGUCAAUUGCACCUUAAGAAGUGUGCUGGACGUUAAGAAGAAACUUUUUGUUGUUCCCUCUCCGCCAGUGAUUCAAAAUUCACGUCAGAGAAAGGAUGUCAGAAUUUUAGUAGAAGAACUUCUCGAUGAGUUAUAUGGAGAACAACGAGAAUGGAGUAACAGCAGCGCUGUGGGAUGUAGUCAAGGGUCGACCAUUGCCGCAUCUUCAUCUUGUCAUUCAAAUUGUGGAGACCACCUCGAAGCUAUCGAACGCAGUUUUUUGGAGUCCCUAGAUAUUGAAGAGCUCCACUCGCAAAUUCAAGAAUGGAAGACGAACUUACAAAUAGCCGGAUCACGACUGGCAAAAUACUUAAGAGUGCGAGACAGACGACGUAGGCAACAAAAGAAACUUUGUGCUGCCUUUACAGUGUUAUUGCGACAUAUAACUGGCGACACAAAUGCCCGGUUCGGCCUGACCCCAGGGGCCGAAGGCCCAGGCGAGGGAGGCUUCGCAGAGUGGCUUCAUGCUAUGCGGCUGGUGGCACGCCUCCCAGCUGGAGUGCCACAACAUUUUCGAAGAAGAUUAUGGCUGACUCUGGCUGAACGUCAUCUAAGCUCUAGGAACAUCGACUGGCCAUCAGCCGAACGUGCAUGCUUUCGUGGAACAGCUCAACCUGAUGAUGCAGAACUAAGCGCUCAAAUACUUAAGGAUCUACAUCGCACUGGUUGUUCACUAUUUUGUGGUACAGAAGGACGCGAGAAUCAAGCAAUGCUUCGAAGGGUUUUACUGGCUUAUGCGAGAUGGAAUAAAGAAGUGGGAUAUUGUCAAGGUUUCAACAUGAUGGCUGCCAUUAUCUUGGAGGUUAUGGAAAAAUCCGAAGCGGACUCUUUGAAGGUGAUGAUAUAUCUGGUAGAGGCGGUUCUACCAGAGGGCUACUUCGCGGACGAUUUACGAGGUCUCUCAGCAGAUAUGGCCGCUUUUAGAGAUCUGUUAAGACUCCGCUUGCCCAAAUUAGCACAUCACAUGGACUACUUGCAAAAGAUUUCUGAUGGUGGUGGUGUAGAGCCGCCACUGCCUGAUGUAUUCACGAUGCAAUGGUUUCUCACACUGUACGCUACAUGGCUGCCUCGAGACGCUUUACUUCGCAUAUGGGACCUAAUUCUGUUGGAUGGCAACGAAAUUCUUUUAUUGACAGCACUCGCGAUUUGGGAUAUGCUUCAGGAUCGAAUACUAUCAGCUCGCUCGGCAGAUGAGUUCUAUAGCUGUAUGGGCGGUGGAGCUAGUACUGUCUGGGAGGCAAGUGAUUCCCUCGUGGGCAGAGUAGUGUCUCUGAACUCUGCACCAGAAUUACCUGGCCUCCGCAAUCUCCACCGGUAUAGAGUGACGCCUCCCGUGCCACCAAACGCCCCUACAAACCCACCAAUACAAAGUGCGAUGCAAUCGAUGACCAAACGUGGUUUGCGUCUUUUUUACUCGGAGGAUGAAGGUGACUCCAGUGAUGAUGGAAAUAAAUUGGCUUUAGCUACGAUUAUCCCUCGUCGCGACAGCCACUCAGGAACUGGAGACAGGUUGACUUUAGAUAUAGGAGCUCUAAAGCGACAGUAUGCACGUCUUCGAGAACGGCAACGACAAGCGCAUGUGAUUUUAGCAGCUGCGUGCGCUCGUCAUGCUGCAGUUGGAGUUCCUACAUCACCUACAUCGCUUACAGUCAAUAACCUACUUCUUGGAAAAAGUGCUAUAGUAAGUUCGAGAGGGAGACGACUCGGACCUCCACCAGGAGCUGUCCCACCUUCGCGACAGUCUUCCACUAGCCAGGAUAAAAGUACUUCUCCAAAGGGAUCUACUGAUGAAACAAUCAGUUGGAAGGAAGCUAAAACUCGUAAGACAUUAGAUAGACGAAAUUCAGUUAAAUGGAAAGAUAUAAAAAAAGAAAAGACACAAGAUACAGGUAGAAAACCCUCCAUAGAUUUAGAUGAGCACGGAGAUGGUAUAAUUGUGUCUGAGUUAGAAGCAAAUGAGAUGAUUGCGUCUGUUCGCUCUCGAAGUUCCAGUGAAUCUUCAUCAUACUCGUCGCAUACCGGUUCCAGUACAGAUACAAGUUUAUGUGAUGAAAAUGAGUGUGAUAGUGAAUCAGAACAUGAAUUACUAAAGGAGGAUAAGCAAAACGAAAAUUUAGUAAUUCAACCUACCGAAGAACAGUCUGUUUUAAAAAUUGACACAGAAAAACCAAGAUCUCCCAUUUGCAGUGAAUAUAUUUUAGAGCCUUCGAAGCCAAUAUCAGAUGAAAAUACUCAUAGUCCCUUAAAAAUAUUAGAUAAUGCUGAAAAUAUUUCAAACAAGCCAGUUAGACCUAACAAAGACAAUCUCAACCUUGAUCUUACAGAUAUCCACUCUCUUCCCAGAUGUAAUGUUUAUAAAGAUGUCAAUGUUAGUAUGUUUUUGCCAAGUGUUAAUAAAAAGAAAGAAGAAAAGUCUAAAUAUUCAGCUUUAAACUUCACAGCCCUGAGUCCAGUAGAUUUGUCACCUUACCAUAAUUUAAAUCUACAAAAAUCAUCAUUUUGCUACGACUUUGAAGCAAAUCUAAGGAGACCUUCUACUUCUAAAGCGGACAACACUAUCUUAAGACCACCUGAUUUAAUUGAUAGCUUCACAAUGUAUCCUAAUUUUGUACCGGAUAUCGACAUAUCUGACAAAUAUGUAUCUGACAUUGACAGUCCGCCGCGUAGUCCAGAAUCCGACAGCAUUAUUGUUAGUGAAGAUGAACCACCGAUUCCACUUAAAGUUGAUAAAUAUUUUGAAAAUAGUCCAGAGUUUUUUGGAGCUCGUCUAACAGACCCAAAUAAUGAAAGUAUUCCCAGUCGUAGGGCUAUGAAAAGAAACUCCCGAGUACCCAAAAAGACUGACUCACUUACUGUAAAUAGUGAACAUGACGACAAUUCUAUUAAGAGUGAAGCAGAACGUGCUUCUUCGUUGCCACAAACACACGCAUAUGUAUGUCAGAAGUCUGUAAGCCCUGAAAACCCUUCAAAUAAAAAAUCUGAGAAUACUUCUACCAAUGAAAUUAAAAAAAAUGAAUGUAUUACUAGACCUAACGUUAUAACCCCAAGUAGUGAAGCUAAAAUCAGUACUACAGCUGAAUCUAUAAACAAUGAUUAUGAAAUUGAUGUAUUUCUAAGUAGUGAAACCAAAGAAACUUCAUCUGACAUAAAAAGCGAGAUUUUUGAAAAUAUUGACUCCGUGAAAAAUGUCAAAUUAGAUAGUCCACAUGACUCCAUCGUGCAGUAUGGUCGUAAAAAUAGUGAGAGAGCUCUUCAAAUUAUUCAAGAAAACUCUCAAAUCCUUAGUAGAAUACUUACCAAACAAAACAUGACUAAUAAUAGUAAUACAAAUAUAGUUCAAUCUCCAAAAAACAUAAAUAAAGAAAGAGAAAAUAAAUUAGAGUUCGUAGUAUCAAAAUCACUUGAUUCCCCAAUGCUAAAGGAAUCUACGUCCGAUUCCCUAAUUGGCGGAGUUAGAAGAAAACCCAGUUGCAACAUGAACGACAAAAAAUGUUUAAGAGAGAGGCCAAUUUCAAUAGAUGAUCCGUUUUCAUAUGAAAUGCGAAAAAAGCUAUUACCGUUAGAAGAAUUUUCAUUAAAAAGUAUAAAAAGUCCUAGCAGUGACUGCCUCGGCAACAAAACAGAUUUGUAUGGAUGGGAAAAUAAAGGGUUUUUCGCAAAAAGUGAUUUCAAUACUGUAAUGGAAUCUGAAGAGAAAAGAGACCCGAAUGUAACAAAUAAUAGUGAAGUUAUUAUACGAAAAACAAUCAACCCAACCACAGAUAUAAAGCCUGAUUACAGCCGAUAUUCAUUUUCGAGCGAUUCAAAAACAUUUUUUACGCAACCGUCAUCAGAAAUCAAAGAUACAUCCACUUACGAUCGCAAAUAUACCUCCGAUGAUUAUAACUAUCCAAUAUCGACUUCUACUAAAUAUAACGACUAUAUUUUAUCAAAAGUCAGUGAUAUUUGCAGUAAGACGUUGGAUGUAGAGCCAAAGAUUUGUGAAAAAUUAAAAACGGAUCCCAGUCAAUUAAGUGAUUUUUCACAAAAGGUCACGUCAUCUAUUAGUUUCACUUACGAGCCGUCACUAGAAGACGACUCUCCGAUGGGUGCAAAAAGCAAUUCAAGCGAUACUUUGUGUCAAAUUACUUCGUUAGAUCAAAUAUCUACACCGAUAUCACCUAAAACGUUUCCCCAGCGAGAAACAUUAUCUUUUCCAAAGGACUAUACAGAAAAAAGUGAUACAGUGAAAACAGAAUCGGAUGAUACGUGCAGUGCAAUAACGUCUCUAUUAGAGACAGAUACACUGUCAUCACUAUCGUUUCCUCGCAGUCCAUCGUCCAGUUCAUAUUAUCCUUUCCCAACAAGACCAACAUUACGAACUCCAAAGGACUUUGGUGUGCGGUUAGGACUAUAUUCGAAAGAGACAAUUAGUUCUCCACCUAAGUAA